GUUUGCCCUCUGUUCGGCAAUCAGAGUUCUUCCCAUCUUCCUCUAAUUCUCCUCAACCUGCCAAAGCUCCCUCUGCCUCCACUAUCCCUUCCAUGCCUUCCUCUUCUACUUCAUCUCUUUCAUCUCCUUUGCACCCUCCUCAGUGAACCCAUACUAUGAUCACCAGGUCUUAAGUUGGCACUUAGAAGCCUCAAAUUUUACCAUCUUUACUUGAUACUGGAACUGACAUCAAAGAACCACGCACCAUUAAAGAAACUUGUAAAUUCGUAAAAUGGCGAUCUGCGAUGGCAGAUGAAUUCUCAGCUUUGCUAAAGAAUAAUACUUGGUCUCUUGUGCCUCAUCCUUUGAACGUCAAUGUGGUUGGCUUGAAUCUUGUGGUGAAGCCUAUCACAAUUCACACUGUUUUAGCACUAGAUGUGAUGAACUCUUGGCCUAUUCAUCAACUUGAUGUUAAGAAUGCUUUUCUUCAUGGGCAUCUCUAUGAGGUUGUAUACAUGUCUCAGUCUCCUGGCUUUAUUAAUUCUAAAUAUCCUAAUUAUGUUUACCAGUUGAAUCGUGCUCUUUAUGGCUUGAAAUAGGUGCCUCAUGCCUGGUUUCAGCAAUUUGCAUCUUUUCUGUUUGCUCGAGGUUUUUCUCAGGCUCGAUCUAACAGUUCUAUGUUUCUUUAUCGUUCUAAUGGUGCCAUGGCUAUUCUUUUACUUUAUGUGGAUGAUAUUGUGCUUAUGGCUUCCACUAAAUUCCUACUUCAUGU